AUGUCCGACUCAAAGAAGCCGGAGGAAGUUGAACUCUCUAUCAUGAAACCACCACCCAAAGACUCGCCCACUUCCCCCGUCGACAGUGAGGACGAGGAUUCCGCUGAACAGCCUGCUGCCAAGGCCCAGGACUUCGUGCUUCCCCGCUUUGAUUUCGAACGUCCCCAACGUUUCAUGGACCCGGAGCGCUAUCUGAUCGAAAUCAUCCAGCAUGUCAAGGAUGAUGAUGAUGAGAUGGUUGAGGAUGAAACUGGUGAAGUUGAUGACAAGUCUGCUUCAUCGGAGAAAUCCCCGGAUGAGGAUUCUUCGGAUGAGAAUCCAUCGGAUGAGAAGCCUUCCGAGGAGAAGCUUUCCGAGGAGAAGCCAUCGGAGGAGAAGCCCCUGGGGAAGAAAACAUCUAGCGAGGAGGCAUCCGAUGAUUAG